GCCUGCCAGUUGGACAUUCAGUCCUCCGCGCGCUACAGACGGCCGAUCUUGCUGGGUGCUAUAGAUGCAGUCGUCGCAAACAAAAAAAAAGUUUUGAAGGCUUGAAAUUGAAAGCACAAACGCAGCAUCCCACCCAUCUACUCGCUCCAAAGACUGGGCUCUGAAGCCUGCUUGCUGCUGUAGCUACUUGCUCAAACAUGCUCAAGUCUCGGCUGCUUGCGCUGCCUGCUGUGAGAUCUUCUAAGACUCUGCUGAAACAAACUUCCAGGGGUUUCUCGCUGACACGAGCUAUUCGCAACGAUACAGCAGCAGGCCCUGAUUCAGGCAAUCUCUUUGAUCCACACCGAACAGUCGCACACCCUCCUUCUCCCAUCAAGAAGCAAAAGACUGUAGGUGAAACACAGCCAAACUACGUCCUGACACUCUCUUGCAAGGACCAACCUGGUAUUGUGCAUGCAGUGACUGGUCUCAUUGCGAACGAGUUCACGGGCGGCAAUAUCUUGGAUAGUGCUCAAUUUGGUGACGCCUCCACAGGUCGCUUCUUUAUGAGGGUUCACUACUCCCUACCAAACCAAGAUGCAUCGACACUACAAACGAUGCGCGAAUCAGUCGAGUCAAAAGUCGGGGAUCGCUUUGAUAUGACAUGGCAGCUGCAUGAUGCACAAGUCAAGCCACGCGUCAUGAUUCUUGUGAGUAAGAUUGGUCAUUGUUUGAAUGACUUGCUCUUUCGCCACAGCACAGGUCAACUACCCAUUGAUAUUGCAUGCAUCGUCUCGAAUCAUCGCGAUUUUUAUCAGCUUGCAGCAAGCUACAAUAUCCCUUUCCACCAUCUGCCCAUCACACAGGAGUCGAAGCAACAGCAAGAAGACAGGAUCUGGGAACUGCAUCAACAGGAAAAAAUCGAUUUACUCGUGCUAGCACGCUACAUGCAGAUUCUGUCCCCUGAAAUGUGUCGACGUGUGUCUGGCAAAGCCAUCAACAUUCAUCACUCCUUCUUGCCUUCCUUCAAGGGAGCAAAACCGUAUUUCCAAGCAUUCGAUCGUGGUGUGAAGUUGGUGGGUGCAACGGCACAUUUCGUCACUUCAGAUUUAGAUGAAGGGCCAAUCAUUGAGCAAGGCAUUGAGCGUGUCGAUCAUACACAUGAUGUCAAGGCAUUGACGACGGUGGGUAGUACGACGGAGUGUAUUACACUGGCGCGCGCAGUCAAGUGGUUUGCUGAGAGGCGUAUUCUGAUGAAUGCCACUGAAGGUGGUACCACCAAGACGGUCAUUUUUCGAUAGAGCCAGAUGUCGAGCUCUUCCAUUUUCAUUUAGUCUAUUAGCGUCAUAGAUGACCUAGAUGGGAACUUGUCGUGGCCAUAGAAGGACGACAAGAGAUAAAUUAUUCGUCGGAGUUCAGCA